AAAAACCAUACAAUCCAAGACUUUUUUUUUAGCUUAACAGAACACAAAAACAUAAUCAUACUAAACUAAAAAGUUGUUUCUUUCAUCUGUACACCGUUAUUUUAAACACACGUAUGCGCAAUUUGAAGAGAUUUUCCAUGUCGAAAUAUGAAGAUCGUUUCUAAACUAAAAUGUGUUUUCUGAUUUGAUAAAUUCAUUAAAAUACAAAAAUAAUUUGUAGUUUAAGUUAUUUUUACAUAGAUUUGUUUAGGGAGCAGCACGGAGACCUCUAUUUAAAGAAGAUACCUCAAACAUUCACCCAAAGUCACCUUUCCCCAAUACCCCCCGGACAUACUUACUCCUUGCUUUCCUGUAUUCGGCUUGUAACUUUAUUGUAUGAACACAGUUUCAGAAGUUGGACCUUGGGAGCUUGGCCUUUCCUUGGGAUCAGAAAAGCAACACAGUGCUCGCUUGGCGAAGCACAAGCAGACUGGGCAGCUUGCGGUCGUCAAGCCAAUAUUGGGAUGGUCGCAAUACACUCCAAGUCAGCAAAAAAGCAUAGAGAGCGAGCUUGUUUUGCUAAGAUUAAUUGAACAUCCAAAUGUUUUACAACUAAUUGAUGUUAUUACCCUACAAGACCAGGUCUAUGUUGUCGUUGAGUACAUGCCAGGAGGAGAACUCUUUGAAUGUAUGCUCCGCAAAGGAAGCUUUUCUGAAGAAGCUGCAGCGAAGUUCUUAUGGCAGAUCCUUUACGGUAUUGAAUAUUGCCAUAAACUCCAUAUCUGUCAUCGUGAUUUAAAACCAGAAAAUCUGUUUUUGGAUGCUCAUGGUUCCGUUAAGAUUGCGGAAUUCGGAAUGGCUUCUGUUCAGUUACCUGGAAACCUACUACAAACAUCCUGUGGCUCUCCACAUUAUGCUUCUCCUGAAAUUAUUAUGGGACGUCCGUAUAAUGGUUGCGCAAGUGACAUUUGGUCUUGCGGUGUUAUACUGUUUGCUUUAUUAACCGGCAGAUUGCCAUUCGAUGAUGAUAAUAUACGCUCUUUACUUUUGAAGGUCUGUGAGGGUCAUUUUGAUAUGCCUAGUGAUAUAUCUCCUCAAGCACAACACUUACUAUAUCGUAUGCUUGAUGUAAAUCCUUCUACUCGAAUAACGAUGGAGCAGAUACGUGAACACCCUUUCAUCAGCUAUCUUGCCAAACCUAAUAUUUCUAUUCCCAUCGUUUCAGCACCCAUUCAACCUAUUGAUCCUCUUAUUAUACAGCAUCUUUCUUUACUUUUCUGCUGUUCCGAUAAUCCAAUGCCUUUGUACGAAAGCUUAGCUUCACAGUCUCCUCUUCUUGAGAAGACUUUAUACACUCUACUGAGCCGACACUUACAUCCUCCAACUACCGAUACUGUAGAUCGCAAUCGAGCUGUCGUCAAUGAUUUACUUGGCAUGGAAGCUGCAAAAAACUAUGUCCUUGAAGAAGAAAACAAGAAUAUGAACAUGAAUGAAAAUGAAAAAUUGGUUCGAGGAUCAUCCACAACUCCAUUUCCCACUACAUAUGUUGCUGAUCCUAUAUUACGUCCGGCAACAUCUGCUUCACCAUUUUUCCCAUCCAUGACUAGUAAUGGACUUAAAUACCCAUAUUCUCUCAAUAAUCAAUCUUCUGUCUUUCAUCGUCCUGCCACGUCUACAUCCGCUAUGCACCAGGUACCUAAGUCUGUAACUCCUGGUCUAACUACUCAAUAUCCUCACAUUCCUUCUUCGAUACCAAGUCUGCGCUCAACCGCUAACAUGCAGCAUCCCUUUGUCAUUCACAAUAAUGAUCUUGAGGGUCCAGAUAAUCGCCGUGCUGUUUCCUUAGAUAUGUCUAAUGAUUAUACAGGAAAUGAUACUGAACUACCACUAAAGUCCGCUACCCCUUUUCCAUAUACCAAUAGUUCAGUUGAUAUGGGCCCUCCUAAGAGACGCGUAGUCUCUAGAUUAUCAGAAUACAACGGCAAAGGACCAACGAAUUAUCCUUCCAACAAUUCAGGUAAUUCGAAAAUGGCUCGCUUCCAAGUUUCUGAAUCAAGUCCGUCUAACGAAAACCAUAUACACAAUCAACCGUUGACUGGUCCCAGUUAUGCGGCAUCUCGUAGAGUUCGUUCUCCAAGUGGUGAACGCGUACUCUCCAUGGACAGGGUGUCCUCUAUGGGUAACUAUGAUUAUAUCAAUGUUCCUAAACAACGCCGCCAAUCUCUAUUCACUCAAUCUCAAAAGAAGGUUUCUGGGUCGCCAUUUCAACCUAAGAGAUCAUUUUUGAGACGACUUUUCAGCAGUGAACCGUCCUGUAAAUGCAUAUAUACCAGCCUUAGCGCAGCCGAACUUGAAUACGAAGUACUUGAAGUUCUAAGACGUUGGCAAUUACUGGGAGUUGGUAUCGCUGAUAUUUUCUAUGACGCUGUGAGUGUUUCUAUUAGUGCUCGCAUAAAGCGUCAAAACUCCCUUAAUUUGAAGGGGUUAAGGUUUCGGGUUUCUGUUCUUGCUGAAUUUUUUGGUUCUCAGGCAGUAUUUGUUUUGGAAAGUGGCUCUUCAUCUACCUUUGACCAUUUGGCAACUGAAUUUCAGUUAAUUUUCGAAGACAAAGGGUUUUUAGAUAAUCUAUCACCUUCACAUUUUCAAUCUGUCGCUCCUCGUCCAUCUUCGAGAUUCAGUGUGACGAACAGUCCUUUUGCUGCUUUUCGUGAACGUCACUCUAUUCAAAGUUGAGACAUCCUUCUUUGAUCAUACUUUAGAAUUUACGAUUUGACUCCUCCAUCGUUCGUCGUUCUUUUAAUCUCUUACUUUUGACCUUUAAUUUCUAUGAUACGAGUUGAUGUGAACAAGGGAUUUUUUAUAAGUUUUUUUGUUACUUUUUGGGAACUAGCUACAAUAAUCUCUAAUUUAAUUUGGACCAGCAAUGCGUCGUCUGCUGGUAAUCAGGUUUUGAUAUUUUUUUCACUUCAUUCUCCGUUACUUACGAAACCAUAAAUCACAGUAUAAAUCUAUCUUUUCUUUCUUUCUUUUUAUAUAAUCGAUGAAGAAUUUUCACUCUUUUGGGUUUACAUGAAACUCACUUUACCUUUUUUUUGGUGUCCAUCUAAGCACUGCUGUCGUUAAUUGAUUCCUUUUAUUUUUCUUGUUAUCGAUCCAUAGUUCGAAUUACUUAUCACUGACCACUAAUUAUUUAUUUGCUGCUAUAUUCACUGUCCGCUUUGGAGUGAAAUACAAGACUAUUGAAGGAAUAUUUUCACUUAUAUUUUGCUUAAUCUUAAACUCACAAUAGGAUAAAGUAGGAUUAGGUAUAUAUAGGUGCCUUUAUAUGACAACAUGAAACUAGUUGUGUUCAGAUGAACAAGUAAAUACGAAUAGCUUUUAAAUAAAACACUAUUUGAGAUGGUAUUAACAAAAAAAUAAUUCAUAAUGUUCUUCCGUUU